UCUAACUGGAACCCAAGUCCCAAGGCAGCGUCUAGAAUUCAAAAGUAGAUCAAAGGCUGCGGGACCUCUUGUUAGCUCUGCACGGUAUAGAAUCAUCACUGGCGCACUGCUACGUAUGCUGGGAACUGUAGUAUCUUUCGCAUCUGGGGUGUGACGUCAGAGACUACGAAAUAGAAUGGUAAUUUAUCGGGGCUGCUGGGAAUUGAAGUCCACUUCUUCCGUCUAGUGGCCUAAAGGAAAGGAGCGGAAGGAAGAGGAGUAACUCUGUUUCCCAGCAUUCUUGAUGCCCGGCGCGGACUUGCUUUCCGGCUGUACUGGGUGGUGGGCGGAGAGAAAAGCGAGCAUGGCGGCGGCGCUGUUGCUGGUGUUCACCUCUCCCCUGCCUAAACUACGGGGUUUUCUCCAAAGUUGUUUGCGGCAGCUUGGUGGCAAUAGCCCUCCUUGGGCUCCUGCGUUAGCUGUACAGGCUCCAGCUUCUUUCCUUGAGCCUGUGGGAGAGAAAGCUGAAAAUGAUGAGACUCCAGGUUUUCUAGACAACAUAUUCUGGAUGGCAGCUCCAAAGUCUAGGCGGACUAUUGAGGUGAAUCGCUGCAGGCGAAGGAAUCCCAGGAACCUUAUAAAAAUAAAAAGAAAUAUAGAUGUAUGUCCUCAGUGUGGCAACUUGAAACAGAAGCAUACUCUUUGCGGCUAUUGUUACGAAAAAGUUAAACAGGAGACUACUGCAAUAAGGAAAGAAAUAUGGGCACAGGAAGGAGGACCACAUCGCGCUCCCACUGUAGAGACUGUUGUGCUGUAUGAGGGUGAGAAACCCAGAGAACAAGAUGAAGGCAAGCGGAUCAUAGAAAGAAAGGUGAAUCGUCCAUCUUGGUUCACAUUGGACUGAUCAUGUAGCACAGCGGAAUCUUGAGUUACAAAAUGCUUAAUCCUGAAGAAUAAAAGUAAUUAAAGAGCAUUUCUAAUACAGUUGUGCCUAGAAAUGAUAAAUUCUGAAAUACAAUAUUUUACAUAGCAUCUUUUUUAAUUGUGGCAUUAUAAUACAACAUUAUUGACCCUAGAUGUUAAAAAGAAGAUUCUAUGGAAAGAAUCAAAUUCAGUCAGAAAUAGUAUUCUGGAAAACACCUGAAUGGCUGAUUUAACUACUGUGAGUCUAAUUGAUCAUGUCAUGGUGCUAAAGUUGGUGAUACAGUCGGUGAACAUGUUCAUAUGUAAACCCAAACUAUGAUUUGGCAUUAUGAUUAGAAGCGAAGCUGAGAAUAGCUGAGCUUGGGCUUAUAUGUUUGUUCUUCACUUCACAUGCUACAAUUUCCUGACUGACUUGUUACUUGUCCUGUUGCAUAUGCAUGUAGUAAACUUAGGUUUGGUCAAACCAUAAUAUGUUCUGAUAUUAGAAUCAAACUCUGGUCUGAUUCUGAUUUGAAAUCCUAAUGUAAAUGCAACAUAUGGUUUGACCAAACCAUAGUUUGCUACAUUAGCAUGGAACAGUACAAACAGGAAUUUAUUUUAUUCAUGCAUGUAAAGCCAAGCAGUGGUUGGGUAUUAUCUGAAUGCUGCCUGAGUGUUGCAGGAGCAGAUUCUUACUAUAUACAUCCUGAUGUCAUGUUAUGUUGUUCAAAGUGGCUUUAAAAAAAAUAAAACAGGACUAUAAAAUGCAUUUCCAAAUAAAAUAAAAAUUUAGCUUUAUAAUGAGAA